CUCUGUGGCGCUUCUGCUGUCACUGGUACCCAGAGCAUCAGAAAAGGAGCUGAGUUUUCGGUCACUGCGCACCUUCUCUCUGCGGCGAGAAGAGGGACGCGGCAGCAUCCACAUUUCGUUCUGCGCAGUUUCUCAAAGUAUUGUCAGGGACAGACACAGGCAGCCCAUAAAAUCAAAGGUAACCACGCAUCGUCGCUUCAGUGGACGACCGAAGCCAGGGGACUUUUUGGGGUGUACUGUCCUUUGUUUUGAUUUGAAAGAAAGGCGCAGAGAGAAGCGGCAACUUCCAGAGGAUGCUCGCGUUUGUUUACCUAGCGGCGAUGCUUUGCCUCGGCGCGAGCAGCCCUGAUCUGGAGUUGAACGUGGACGAGUGCGAACCCGUGUUGUGUGAAAAUGAGGCGGACUGUUUGACACCUCUGCCAGAGGAUGCCGUCUCAUCUUCUGACUGGGAGGGGCCCGUGUCAGCAGGGCCGUGCCAGCCUAACCCGUGCCACCAUGGAGGGGUGUGUGAGGCCAUUGACACCCAGAGAGGGGAUGCCUUCCUGGGGUACCUAUGUCACUGCUCCCCUGGCUACACUGGGGUCCACUGCCAGCACAACGUGAAUGAGUGUGAGAGUGCUCCGUGUCUGAAUGGAGGUGUGUGUACCGAUCUGGAAGCCAACUACACGUGUGUGUGCUCUGGAGAGUUCUCAGGGCGCAACUGCCAACACAGGUGCUCGGGGCCUCUGGGAUUGGAGGGGGGCAUCAUCUCAGACAGGCAGCUGUCAGCCUCCUCAGCCAGCAGCACCAUGUUUGGACUGCAGCACUGGCACCCUCGCCUGGCACGCCUGCACAGGAAGGGCAUGGUCAACGCGUGGAGCGCCGCCGAGAGCGACCGCUGGCCCUGGAUACAGGUGAACCUGCUGCGUCGUAUGCGCGUGACCGGGGCGAUUACCCAGGGUGCCCGGCGAAGGGGCAGCUCCGAGUUUGUGAAGUCCUACAAGAUGGCCUACAGCGACGACGGGCGGACUUGGAGAAUGGCGAAGGUCCAGGGAAGCACGCAGGACAGGAUCUUCCGUGGCAACGUGGAUAGCAACUCCCCCGUGACAAGCGUCUUCUCUUCUCCAAUCGAAUCGCAGUUCGUCCGGGUUUACCCGCAGGUUUGCAGGGGGCGCUGCACCAUGCGCAUGGAGCUGACAGGAUGUGAGCUCAGCGGCUGUUCUGAGCCACUGGGCCUGAAGUCAGGCCUGGUACAGGACUUCCAGCUGUCCUCGUCCUCUGUGUACCGGACCCUGGGCAUGGGUCUGCUGUCCUGGACGCCCGAGCAUGCCCGGCUGGACCGCCAGGGCAAGGUCAACGCCUGGACGCCCUCCAGGGAUGAUCAGAAACAGUGGCUACAGGUGGACCUUCUGUCUCCUACUAAGAUCACGGGUGUGAUCACUCAAGGAGCCAAGGACUUUGGCCAGGUCCAAUUUGUCGGUUCGUUUAAGCUGGCCUACAGUGAUGACGGCAUCGCAUGGACCAUCUACCAGGAUGAAACUCAACACGCUGACAAGGUGUUCCAGGGCAACUUGGACAACAAUACACACAGGAAGAACGUCAUCGAGCCGCCCAUAUAUGGUCGUUUUCUGCGCCUCGUCCCCUGGUCCUGGUAUGGGCGCAUCACAGUGAGGAUGGAGCUGCUGGGUUGUGCAGACGAGUACUGAGCCGAACCGUGUCCCUCUCUCCUUGACCUCCCUUCCUCUCCUUCACCUUUUCUCUCUUUCCUUUCCCCUCUAUCUCCCUUUCCUCUUCCCCUCCCCUUUUUCUAUCUUAGUCCAUAAGAGAGCGCUGAAUGUUUGGAGUGGCAGGCAGUGUACAAUAUUACUGUUGUAUAAUAUAGUAUCUCUUAUUUGCUUACUAAGUGUUCGUUAUUUAUUGGUCGCCAGUGUGUGGUUUCUUUGUUUCGUUUUUUUACUCAUGUAUUAAUGUGUGAAUUAAAUCAUGACUGCUUUGGAUGGGCUGCAGUGCAAUGCACAUAAUGUGCAUCGUAAUUACUGUUGACUGUAAACAAUCUGUCGACUGUUCUCUACUGACUACAUGUGGACUAUCGCCACUUUGCCACUAAAGGUAUUCCUGGAAUCUGCACUGAACAUUCAUUGUAGAAUACUAUACGAUGUUGUCCAAUAACAAACCAAUAGUUAAAGGUCCGUUUUGGUAGAAACCUUUUUUUAAGAGGAUGUGAAACAAGUCAUACUAAAUGCUGAAAUAAAGAC